GUCAAAAGUCAUAUUUUUUUUUUCCUUCCUUGUCUAUUUAUCCUUUCAUAUUUAAGAUGGCUCCUACAAAAAAAGUUGGUAUCCUUGGUGCAACAGGUACUGUUGGCCAACGUUUUAUUCUCUUGUUGAGUGAGCAUCCUAUCUUUACCAUUCAUGCUCUUGGUGCUUCUGCCCGUUCUGCUGGCAAGGCAUACAAAGAUGCUGUUCGUUGGAAGCAAUCCCGACCCAUCCCUGAAAACGUUGCCGAACUUGUUGUGAAGCCUUGUGAGGCCAAACUCUUCAAUGACUGUGAUGUCGUCUUUUCAGGCCUUGAUGCCGAUGUUGCAGGUGAUAUUGAAAUGGCCAUGUUGAAGCAAGAUGUUGCUGUCUUUUCUAAUGCAAAGAAUUACCGUCGUGAUCCCAAUGUUCCUUUGAUUGUUCCUACUGUCAAUGCUGAUCACUUUGACUUGAUCCCUUACCAACGUCAACUCAACAACCUCAAGAAGGGUUUCUUGAUCACUAAUGCCAACUGUUCAACCACCGGUUUGGUUGUCCCCUUAAAGGCAUUGCAAGAUGCCUUUGGUCCCAUGACUCAUAUCCUUGUCAACACUCAACAGGCCAUCAGUGGUGCAGGUUAUCCCGGUGUUCCUAGCUUAGACAUUUUAGACAACGUUGUGCCUCACAUUGGCGGUGAAGAGGAAAAGAUGGAAUGGGAAGUAGGUAAGAUCAUGGGUGAUAUUGCUCAAGAUAAGCAAUCCUUUGUUCAUUUACCCAAUACUGUUGUUUCUGCCACUUGUACCCGUGUGCCUGUCUUGGACGGUCAUCUCGAGACUGUCUCUGUCAAGUUUGCCAAUGGCAGUCCCAGUAUCGAGCAAGUUUAUAAAGUGUUGGAAGAAUAUACUUCUGAUGCUGAAAAGUUGGGCUGUCACUCUGCCCCUGAAAAGCCUAUUGUGGUAACCUAUGAUGCCGAUAGACCCCAACCUCGUCUUGACCGUGAAAAUUUGAAGGGUCAAGCUGUUACUGUUGGACGUGUUCGUCCUUGUCCUGUCUUGGAUAUCAAGUUUGUUCUUUUGGUUCAUAACACUGUUCUUGGUGCUGCUGGUUCUUCUGUUCUUAAUGCUGAAAUUGCUGUUGCCAAGGGCUUGAUCUAAGUAUCUAUCUAUUCUAUGUUUAUUUGUUCUUUUGUAUAGUGAUUACCUAAUAAAAAUGUAUUCCAUUCUUCUACAUAUAUAACUGAAUGUUUUAUGGUAUUUUAAAUUGAAGAUUCACAAAAAAAACAUCUUUAAAGUACAGGUAAAAGAUAAAGAGCAACCUGUACAAGUGCUUGUAGUAUAUUAAACAAGCGACAUACAACAGUCUUUCCAACAU